AUGCCCGAAGAAAUGCAGACCGAUGUCGCCGAGGUGGAGACCUUCGCCUUCCAGGCGGAGAUCGCCCAGCUUAUGUCCCUGAUUAUCAACACAUUCUACUCCAACAAAGAGAUCUUCCUUCGUGAGUUGAUUUCCAACUCUUCAGAUGCCUUGGACAAGAUCCGUUAUGAGUCACUCACCGACCCAUCGAAGCUGGACAGCGGCAAGGAGCUGUAUAUCAAGAUCAUUCCCAACAAGAGCGAAGGUACACUCACUAUUAUUGAUACCGGUAUUGGUAUGACCAAGGCUGACCUCGUCAACAACCUUGGUACCAUCGCUAAGUCAGGAACUAAGGCAUUCAUGGAGGCCCUGCAGGCAGGCGCUGACAUUAGCAUGAUCGGUCAGUUCGGUGUGGGUUUCUACUCAUGCUACCUGGUCGCUGACCGCGUGACAGUUCACUCUAAGCACAAUGACGACGAGCAGUACAUGUGGGAGUCGUCGGCGGGAGGCUCGUUCACGGUCCGCCCCGACCAUGGCGAGCCCCUCGGACGCGGUACCAAGAUCGUACUCCACAUCAAGGAAGACCUCACUGAGUACCUUGAAGAGCACAAGAUCAAGGAAAUCGUGAAGAAACACUCACAGUUCAUCGGUUACCCCAUCAAACUCAUGGUUGAGAAGGAACGCGAAAAGGAGCUCUCUGAUGACGAGGCUGAGGAGGAGAAGAAAGAGGACGAGAAGGAAGAUGACAAACCUAAGAUCGAGGAUGUGGGAGAGGACGACGAAGAAGACAAGAAGGAUAAGAAGAAGAAGAAGACCAUCAAGGAGAAGUACACAGAGGAUGAGGAACUCAACAAGACCAAACCCAUCUGGACCCGCAACGCUGAUGACAUCACACAGGAGGAGUAUGGUGACUUCUACAAAUCCCUCACCAACGACUGGGAGGACCACCUCGCUGUCAAACACUUCUCAGUUGAAGGUCAGUUGGAGUUCAGAGCUUUGUUGUUCGUACCCCGCCGUGCUCCCUUCGACUUGUUUGAGAACAAGAAGCGCAAGAACAACAUCAAGUUGUACGUUCGCAGAGUGUUCAUCAUGGACAACUGCGAGGACCUUAUCCCUGAGUACCUGAACUUCAUCAAGGGUGUAGUCGACAGUGAGGACCUGCCCCUCAACAUCUCUCGUGAAAUGCUCCAACAGAACAAGAUCCUGAAAGUAAUUAGGAAGAACUUGGUUAAGAAAUGCUUGGAACUGUUUGAAGAGUUGGCUGAAGACAAAGAGAACUACAAGAAGUAUUACGAACAAUUCAGCAAGAACCUGAAGCUUGGUAUCCACGAGGACUCCCAGAACAGGUCAAAACUGGCUGACUUGCUCCGCUACCACACAUCUGCCUCUGGUGAUGAGGCAUGCUCUCUCAAAGAGUAUGUUUCACGCAUGAAGGAAAACCAGAAACACAUCUACUACAUCACUGGUGAGAACCGUGACCAGGUUGCCAACUCAUCAUUUGUAGAGCGAGUCAAGAAGCGUGGUUAUGAAGUUGUAUACAUGACCGAGCCCAUUGAUGAGUAUGUAGUACAACAGAUGAGGGAGUAUGAUGGUAAGACUCUAGUCUCAGUCACAAAGGAGGGUCUGGAACUCCCUGAAGACGAAGAAGAAAAGAAGAAGCGUGAGGAAGACAAGGUCAAGUUCGAGGGUCUCUGCAAGGUCAUGAAGAACAUCCUUGACAACAAAGUUGAGAAGGUUGUUGUCUCCAACCGUCUUGUUGAGUCACCAUGCUGCAUCGUCACUGCUCAGUAUGGUUGGUCAGCCAACAUGGAGCGUAUCAUGAAGGCUCAGGCUCUCCGUGACACAUCCACCAUGGGUUACAUGGCAGCCAAGAAGCACCUUGAGAUCAACCCUGACCAUUCCAUUGUCGAGACCCUGAGGCAGAAGGCCGAGGCUGACAAGAACGACAAGGCUGUGAAAGACCUCGUCAUCUUGCUGUACGAGACUGCCCUGCUGUCGUCUGGAUUCACCCUGGACGAGCCCCAGGUGCACGCCUCCCGCAUCUACCGCAUGAUCAAGCUUGGUCUGGGCAUCGAUGAGGACGAGCCUAUCCAGGUGGAGGAGUCCAGCGCCGGUGACGUGCCCCCACUAGAGGGCGACGCCGACGACGCGUCACGUAUGGAGGAAGUGGAUUAA